CUUGCCUUCCAUAGUCUCUUCUCGUUUUUCUCUGUCCAGUUACGAUCACUCACGCGUUUGAGUCAAAGAAGAUGGAAGAUAUUUCUUUGGACGAAGUGAUACGUCGACGCGGUUUCAACAACAAAGAAACAAUUAAAAGGCCUAUGUUCGGCAGGGGUGCUGGAGGGGUCGGGAGGACCUUUGAUGCCCGACAGAAAAUUGGGAUGACAGAUGUCAGACAGAGACUUGGUGGAGGAGGAGGAACUGCUUUUCAAGUGAAGGAUGCCAGAGAGAAACUUGGCCAGAAAGAUGCCCGCUUCCGAAUCCGUGGCGGAGGAGGAGCAGGUGGGGUCCAGGAUGCCCGACAGAUGAUCAACUCACGGAAAGGAGGUCCGAAUACAUUUAAUGUUACCCCACAGAGUUUACAGCAGAUACCAGCAGCACAGCUACAGACACAUGUGCAGCAGAUACAGAUACACACUUCCAACGACAUUGCCAGUGCAAAUGCCAGGCAGUUUACCCCCAACCUACAAGGAAUGAACAUUAGAGCUGGGGUUACGCCACAGCUGGGGGGUGCACCUAAGAGGAUGAUGGAUGCUCGUGAUAGGUUGAGCCUCAAGAGGACCAUUGGAGCUCCACCAAGCCAAGGAAUGGUGGCACCCAUGAAGAUCACCAAAACCAUCCAGCAGCAAAGGCCGGUAGGGAUGUCAAGUGGGAUCCGUAUGAAAAUGCCAAGCAGGGGUUCCCAGUCUUUCUCAGGUGAUGAUGAUAUCCCUAGCAAACAGAUGAAGACCACUACUGGCAACCAUAUGCUGCAGUCACGGCCUGGCACCCUGGGCUGCCCUUUCACUAUGUCAGCCCCCAUCACUAAAGUAGUCAAAAACGAUGCGUACACCGCUCCUCGUCCCCCAGUGCCUGUGGCACCCACAAGACCCAACCCUAGUGUAGGGGCCUCCCGCUCCUCUGCUCUCGCCUUACAGCCCAUCUCCAGGACCCUCCGGCAGGCAGGGCCCACAGCGGAGCCCAACUCCCAGCCUCCUCCACCCCCACAGGAAAGUCACAUUUUGGACUGCACUGGGCCUUUAACAUCACUAGUUGGCAGCAUAGCAAGCCUUGGGCCUACCUUCAGUCCUCUGGAGGGGACUAAAAUAACAGUGAAUAAUCUGCACCCCCGUGUCACUGAAGAGGACAUAGUGGAGCUGUUCUGUGUGUGCGGUGCCUUGAAGCGAGCGAGGCUGGUGAAGGUGGGGAUUGCUGAAGUGGUGUUUGUGAGGAAGGAGGAUGCUGUGAGCGCCUACAGGAAAUACAACAACCGCUGUCUGGAUGGCCAGCCCAUGAAGUGCAAUCUUCACAUACAGGGGAAUAUCAUCACUUCAGACCAGCCCAUUCUUUUGAGGCUCAGUGACACUCCAGGCACUGGAAGAAAAGAGGGUCUGCCCCUCUCUUUGUCUCGCCCCGGGGGUCGUCCAGCCUCCUCUCAACCCACACCUGAGGUGGAUCCCCAGACCAUCCUCAAGGCCCUGUUCAAAUCUACUGUCCAGACCCCCUCUACCACAGAGUCUCCCGGUUCACAGUGCACAGCCUUCCGCAUUAAGAUAUAACUUUCUAGUACAUCCACACACAUACGUGACACAUAAUACAUCCACCCUCCUGUUUGACAGAGACAUCUACUGAGAUGAUCAAAUAGCAUGAUACUGUAUUUGUAUAAAUUGUGACCGAUCAUUGGCAGGUUGUAACAUCUAAAAUUAACACUGGUUCCGUCAAGAUUUUUAGGAAAGAAAAUCAUUUGUAACCGUGGCGAACUACAUAGAUGCAUGUCUCAUAACCGACCAAUGUGAGGCAGUCUGAUUUGUUCAUUUAUUGUUUUAAUCAAAUUUGGUGGGGGGAUAUCACAUGGUUCACUUUUACAACUGUUCAAAUAGUUCACAUUGAACACCCCUCUUGGAAUCAUGAGAUGUUUUGUGCUGGUUGGAGUCUCUCUCCCCCCAACCGAUGGUCUCACUAUGACCUGAUGCACAAACCCAUGAAGACAAUUGUACUGUGAACUACAGGCAACAGUGGUUCUUGUACUGGACAUAAUAUAAAGUUUGAUUUCAGAAUGACUUGUACACAUGCUUGUAUUCCGUUGUGGUAUUUGGUUUGCCAUUCUCCUUUUUGUGGCAUUCAGGUUGUUCUAUGCUUAUUUGUGACUGUUAUUUUACUCUCUUGCUUUUUGCGCAGCUCAGAGAAGUUAUGCUAAUUUGCUCAAUUUAUGUUCAACUUCUGUAAAUUGCUUUUUACAGCUGCCUUUUAUGUCAGUCAUGAAGAUAUGGUAGUGAGGUCAGAUCUAUGUACAAGUUAAUUACUGCCAAUAAAUAUGUUGCUUUAUAAA